AUGGCAUACCACAAGGUGGGAAACUACAGCUUCCAAUGGACAGACCUUCACAUGUCUCCAGAAGAGCUGAACCCGCUGCGCCAUCAAUAUGAUCAGCUGGGCAGCUACGCAGUAAACAAGCUGCAGCAAAUCUCCCAAGAGCAAAAGGGCGACACAAGCGAAAAGAGUCUCUGCCACGGCCCCUUUGACGUGUAUGCCACGCUUCGGGACCACCACUCUGAAGACGAAAAGCUCAACCAGCUCUGGGAGGAGCUUCACACGGUGCCCGAAUGGGUGGACUGGGAACAGCUCAAGCGUGGCCAGCGCUUCUUCUACCGCUAUGCCGCCGCCAACUUGGUGGGAUUUGCUCUUCAGGGGUUCAUCGGCCAGAACUCGUCGACGCCGUCUGCGGUGGAAGUCCUGGCGCGAACUGGGAGCUUCUCCACGAGGGUCUUGCUGCGUCGACUGUUGGAAACGACGCAGUUUAUUCUUGAAGCCACGGAAAGCGUCGAGUCGAUCCAGCCUGGCGGUCAUGGCCAUACGACGGCCAUUCGAGUGCGGCUGCUGCACUCUGCUGUGAGGGAGCGCAUCCUCAAGUUGACGGAGAAGCAGCCUGGCUACUUUGAUGUUGAGAACUUGGGCAUUCCCGUCAACAUGCUGGACUCGAUACACUCGACUGCGGCGUUUUGCUGCGGCCACAUGUGGUUCCAGCUGCCGCAGAUGGGCGUCUAUCCCACCCAGCAAGAAGCAGCCGACUAUAUUGCGCUGUGGCGAUAUCUCGGCUAUCUCCAGGGCGUGCCUCAUCAGUACUUUUCCAGCGUGGCCAAGGCAAAGGCCAUAAUGGAGAGCAUGGUGCUGCACGAGCUGAAGCUCACGCCAACGUCGCUGAUUCUCGGCAACAACUUUGUCGAGUGUGUCAAGGAUCUGCCACCGGUGAUGAUCUCGGCCGGCUUCAUCGAGGCGGGCAGUCGGAUGCUCAACGGGCAUAAAGUCUGUGACGGACUGGGCUUUGGACGGCCUGGACCGCUGGCGUAUGCUUGCUGGAGAGGCCACUGCUGGUUUGUGGGAGCUCUGGCUAUGGCACAGCAAUGGAUUCCGGCUGUGGAUGAGGCCAUGGUGGCGUACUGGCGGAAGACUUUGAACUAUGGCGUUUUCAAGAGCAAGGGAGGUCUUGAAGGAGGUUCCAAGAUGGAGUUCAAGUAUGUGCCGCAACUGGGAAAGAUGACGAAGCGGGAGGGCAAUGGGAGGGCGGCGUUGGGCUCGUUUGUGACUUCGCCGUUGGACCGGCCGUUGGAAACGUUUUAUUUUGCAGUGUUUGUGAUUGGAUGUCUGUUGAUUUGCGGAGGUUUGUUUGGAGUUUACUGGGGUGUGAGGAAGAUGAUGGUGGAAUUUGUUUGGUGA